AUGGAGGCGGUGGCUGCGGACCGGGCUUCCGAGCGCCAGGUGGAGGAAGUGGCAGUUGCCACGGUAGCGGAGGUGGUGGUAGCGGUAGUGGAGGAGAUGGUGGCGGUAAUGGAGGAACUGGUAAACCUACCCACCCCAACCCCCCCGCCCCAGACUGAGGUGAGCCCUGAAGGAGAAAGGGCGGAGAAAGACGGCUCUGGAGUGGUGGUGAGUGAGAGCUCCCCAAGUGGGUCAGAUAGCAUGAUGACAGUGUCAGAAACGACACUGUCAAGCGGGGAAGGUACAAGAGAGAGAGGGGAGAGACCCUGGACGAACACCUUUCCCUACGGAAGAGAAACGCAGAGGAGCUCUCCGACCCCGAACAGGGCAAGUAAAAGAAAGGCAAAUUGGAGUGGGAGAGCUCCCAGGGGGAAGAGGAAUCCAGGGUCUUCCCAUCCAACUCUCCAAACCAGGACUUGUUUUUAAACCCAGUUUGUACCCCCCCCCCGUAGGGAGAGAGAGAAAGGACCCCAAAGAUAACCCCUUUUAAACUGUUUGAAUGCCUUCUUUCCUUUUAGCACUGUUUUUACUCACCUCUUUCAUGGCUUUUAACAUCACCAUUAACGUUGGGAGUGUAAAAACAGAGGUAAGAGCACAAUCGGUUUUAUCCGUUUUAGAAAGUGUUAUUUCAGAUGUGUUUUUACCGGAGUGUGGUCUACCCUUUUUAUCCUCUUACAGCAAAUGGCAGGAGAAGUGGCAGCACGGGCCCUCCAUUUGGAGCGGAUCCAAUUUUAAUAAAAACGAUGGUGUUGCCAUUUUAUUCAAGACCCCACAGGUGUUGGUGAGGGCGAGCACAGUGGUGGUUGGGGGGCGUGCUCUUUUAGCCAAAUGCACCUUUAUGGGGAGGGAUUUUAAUGUGCUAAAUGUAUAUGGUUUUAACAACAAACAUGACCGGUGCACACUAUUAGAAGACCUGCAGUCCCACAUGCUGGGGAGGGAUCCUCUAGUGGUGGCUGGGGAUUUUAACUGUGUUUUAAGUAGAGCAGACAGGAGAGGAGCGGGAGAAGAUUUUAAGGUAAAUAGGUCAAGCGUUUUAUUGCAAGGGUUCUGCAGGAAUUUUAAACUAACCGACUGUUUUAAAACCCUGCAUCCAAGAGAGGAGGGCUUCACCUGGACCAGUGGUGACGGAACCAGAGCCUCUCGCGUCGACUAUCUGUUUACCCGUGACUGCCCGCCAACUGAUGCUAGAAUAACCCCUGCUUUCUUCUCAGAUAACGUAAUGCUGACGUGCACCCUUUCACUAACUUCGGGUGUGACUGUAGGAAGAGGGCCCUGGAAACUGAACUGCUCCCUUGUAGAAGAUGAUAGAGUAGUUAGCCAUUACAGGGAGCAGUUCAGCCAGUGGCAGACGCUACAGGACUUCUUUGACACAUGAGCACAAUGGUGGAAAAUGGUGAAGGGCAAGACGAGGACCUUCUUCAGAGAGAUACAGUGAGGGAAAAAAGUAUUUGAUCACCUGCUGAUUUUGUACGUUUGCCCACUUAUAAAGAAAUGAUCGGUCUAUACUUUUAAUGGUAGGUUUAUCUGAACAGUGAGAGACAGAAUAAUAACAGAAUUAUCCAGAAAAACGCAUGUCAAAAAUGUUAUAAAUUGAUUUGCAUUUUAAUGAGGGAAAUAAGUAUCAGAAAAUAUUUCUGGCUCCCAGGUGUCUUUUAUACAGGUAACGAGCUGAGAUUAGGAGCACACUCUUAAAGGGAGUGCUCCUAAUCUCAGAUAGUUACCUGUAUAAAAGACGCCUGUCCACAGAAGCAAUCAAUCAAUCAGAUUCCAAACUCUCCACCAUGGCCAAGACCAAAGAGCUCUCCAAGGAUGUCAGGGACAAGAUUGUAGACCUACACAAGGCUGGAAUGGGCUACAAGACCAUCGGCAAGCAGCUUGGUGAGAAGGUGAGAACAGUUGGUGUGAUUAUUCGCAAAUGGAAGAAACACAAAAUAACUGUCAAUCUCCCUCGGCCUGGGGCUCCAUGCAAGAUCCCACCUCAUGGAGUUGCAAUGAUCAUGAGAACGGUGAGGAAUCAGCCUAGAACUACACGGGAUGAUCUUGUCAAUGAUCUCAAGGCAGCUGGGACCAUAGUCACCAAGAAAACAAUUGGUAACACACUACGCCGUGAAGGACUGAAAUCCUGCAGCGCCCGCAAGGUCCCCCUGCUCAAGAAAGCACAUAUACAGGCCCAUCUGAAGUUUGCCAAUGAACAUCUAAAUGAUUCAGAGGAGAACUGGGUGAAAGUGUUGUGGUCAUAUGAGACCAAAAUCGAGCUCUUUGGCAUCAACUCAACUCGCCGUGUUUGGAGGAGGAAGAAUGCUGCCUAUGACCCCAAGAACACCAUCCCCACCAUCAAACAUGGAGGUGGAAACAUUAUGCUUUGGGGGUGUUGUCACGCCCUGGCUCUAGGGACUCUUUUAAGUUGAACCAGGGUGUGUAGAGUUUAUGUUUUGUGCUCGUUGUGUCUAGUCUAGUUUUUGUAUAUCUAUGUUGGCCAGAGUGGUUCUCAGUCAGAGGCAACGAGUAUCAGCUGUUGCUGGUUGUCUCUGAUUGGGAACCAUAUUUAGUCAGGUGGUUUUCCCACAGUGUUUGUGGGAUCUUGUUCCGUGUUUUGCACCUGUGGACGUCACGUAUCGAUUUGUUGUUUUGUUCGUGUAUCAUUUAAUAAAUAAGUAUGUUCACCUUCCACGCUGCGCCUUGGUCCUCUAUAUCCGACGAUCGUGACAGGUGUUUUUCUGCUAAGGGGACAGGACAACUUCACAGCAUCAAAGAGACGAUGGACGGGGCCAUGUACCGUCAAAUCUUGGGUGAGAACCUCCUUCCCUCAGCCAGGGCAUUGAAAAUGGGUCGUGGAUGGGUAUUCCAGCAUGACAAUGACCCAAAACACACGGCCAAGGCAACAAAGGAGUGGCUCAAGAAGAAGCACAUUAAGGUCCUGGAGUGGCCUUGCCAGUCUCCAGACCUUAAUCCCAUAGAAAAUCUGUGGAUGGAGCUGAAGGUUCGAGUUGCCAAACGUCAGCCUCGAAACCUUAAUGACUUGGAGAAGAUCUGCAAAGAGGAGUGGGACAAAAUCCCUCCUGAGAUGUGUGCAAACCAGGUGGCCAACUACAAGAAACAUCUGACCUCUGUGAUUGCCAACAAGCGUUUUACCACCAAGUACUAAGUAAUGUUUUGCAGAGGGGUCAAAUACUUAUUUCCCUCAUGAAAAUGCAAAUCAAUUUAUAAUAUUUUUGACAUGCAUUUUUCUGGAUUUUUUUGUUUUUAUUCUGCCUCUCACUGUUCAAAUAAACCUACCAUUAAAAUUAUAGACUGAUCAUGUCUGUCAGUGGGCAAACGUACAAAAUCAGCAGGGGAUCAAAUACUUUUUUUCCCCUCACUGUAGGAAAGGAGAAGAAAAAGAGACGCAUUUUGGGACCGCAGAGGCGACUGGAAAGGUAUUUUAAUCUAGUUCAACAGGGUUUUGAUUUUAACCAGGAAAUUGAAGUUAAGAAAGAAAUUGAAUUUUUAGUAGAACAGAAGAGCAAGGGGGUUAUUUUAAGAAGCAAAGAAAGGGAAUUAGAAAAGGGGGAGAAGUGCACUAGAUACUUUUUUAAGAAGAUAGUUAGGAAGGGUAGGAUAAUGACAGUUUUAAAAGAUGAAGACAGCGUUUUAAAAUAAGACACAGAGGGAAUAAAAUAAGUAGUAGAGGAUUUUUAUGGGGAACUGUUUGGGGAAAAAAGACGUGUGCGAGGAAACCAUGGGGGACGUUUUAUCAUACAUUGACAGAAUUUUACCCAAUACAGACGACCUAACAAGAGACCUGACAAUGACAGAACUCGACAAAGGACUGAUACAUUUUAAGAGGGGUAAAUCACCGGGGGAGGACGGCCUCCUUUUGGAGUUUUAUCUGACCGUUUGGGAUGUUUUAGCUGACGAACUUCUGACUGUUUUUACUGACUUUGAACAACUUGACAGACUACCUGACAGUUUUAGAGUAGGAAUAGUGACCCUUUUACACAAGAAAAAUGACAGGACUGACCUGAAACUGGAGACCGAUUACCCUUUUAAACUUUGAUUGUAAACUUUUUACUAAGGUUUUAACACCCAGAAUGUCUUCUGUCUUAGGUGAUCCACCCGGACCAAGCCUGUGCCAUUCCGGGAAGGAAGAUCACGGACAGCCUAGUACUGAUCAGAGAUGCCAUCUGUUAUGCGAGAGACAGAAACAUGCGGCUUAUAGUCCUAAAUUUUGAUUUUGAGAAAGCUUUUGAUCGGGUCUCGCAUCAGUACCUCUUCAAGGUACUGCAAAAAAUGGGGUUCCCUGAAAGGUUUCUAGCUUGGGUGGGAUUGCUGUAUGGGGACAUCACCAGCAGAAUCCUUGUAAAUGGGCAUUUGUCAAGAGCAGUGGGAGUACACUGCGGCGUCCGUCAGGGAUGUCUGUUAUCUACCCUCCUGUUUGUGGCUUGCAUAGAACCACUGGCACAGGUCUUGAGAAGGGACCAACGGAUCAGUGGGGUGGGUAUCCCGGGGAGUGGGGGGAUGACCGCCAAGUGCAUUUUUUACAUGGACGACGUAAACAUUUUAUGCACUGACCUUUUAUCUGUCGACAGGACUCUGGACAGGACUGACUGGUACGGACGAGCCUCUGGGGUGAGACUGAACAGAAACAAGACAGAGGCCCGUGGGCAGACUCAGACUUGACCAGACUACCACUGACUGUUAAAAUGACAGACAUAAGGGUACUGGGUGUAAAAUUUGACACGGAGGGAGGAGGGAGUAGCAAUUCGACCGGGAUUUUAGGGACAGUAAGACAGAGACUAGGUUUUUGGGGACUGAGACGACUGUCUUUUGACGAGAGACUGGGCCGACGGAAGCGCGGAGGUGGCCGCGGUCACGUGUACCGACGAGAUGCCGUACACGACGGGGUAAGAAGAAACGACAACCAGAGGCAGAGGGGGCCGUUCACACGGUCCCAGAACCCACGGGACUGAGUGUCUUUAAUUUAUCAAGCAAGAUAUUGAGUCCUGCCCAUGUCUCCUUACAUAAUAAAGGGUUAUCUUUUGUGCCUACAACUCAGUGCAACGAUUUCGAUGUUAAUGUAGACAUGUUUAAGUUUUUUAGAAACAUCAGUUUAAAAGGAACACUUCAGCUCCCGUAAUUGUGAUAUUUCAACUGAACAUGUAGGUGGCUCACCUGCACAUACUCCGACUCCUUUCAGAAGUAAGAGUUAUUUUGUACCUCCAGCCAAUCGCAAUCACUCUAUUGAGACGUAUUGCAGACUCGUUGAAAAAGAUGUUGGUAAUCUCCUUAAGAACAAACAAGAGUACAUAUCUUUUCAAAAUUUACCCAAGGAUGAAAAACAAGCUUUGCUUGAUUUACAACCAGAUACGUCAGUUCUUACCCGCCCUGCUGAUAAGGGUGGGUCAGUUGUACUCAUGGAUAGGACAGUUUAUGUAAAUGUGUGUCACAGACAACUGCUUGACAACACCUUUUACAAGAAACUCAGAAGUGACCCCACUUCCCAAUUUCAGAACACUAUCUGUUCUGUCCUUGAUGGGUAUUUAAGUUCUGGUCAAAUCACCAAAAAAUAACACGAUUUUUUGGCUAUUCAACACCCUAAAAUUGCUACUUUUUAUACUUUGCCGAAAUUACACAAGAAUGUUACAAAACCUCCAGGGCGCCCUAUUGUAGCAGGCAUUGAUGCAGUAACAUCCCCUUUAUCGACCUAUGUUCACUUUUUUAUUAGACCUCUCGCAGAACAGCUCCCCUCCUUUGUAAAGGACACCAGCAGUAUGAUCUCUAUUGUUGAAUCUCUUGAUCCUCUCCCUGAUAAUACCUUGUUAGUUACUUUUGAUGUUGAGUCAUUAUACACGAAUAUUCCACACGAGGGUGGUAUUGAAGCCAUGGAACAUUUUCUUCUGCAACAUGACCCUAAUGAACUACCUUCCAGUGCAUGCAUUAUAACAUUGGCUGAAAUAGUACUCACACACAACUACUUUGUUUCUAAAUUAUUUCUUUAUUCAGACGAAGGUUACUGCUAUGGGAUCCCCUAUGGCUCCUAACUAUGCUAAUUUGUAUGUGGGUUACAUUGAGAAACAGUCAAUUUUCAAUCCUCUAAAAAAAAAAAUAUUGCCUAACAUUAUUAUUUGGAAACGGUACAUUGAUAUUUUUGUUCUAUGGAGGGGUGAUUCUAAACAGCUCCAGGCAUUCCAUGCUUUUCUUGUUCUGAGCACCUGAGAUUUACUAUGCAAUCUGACACACGUCAAAUCAGUUUCCUUGAUCUUCUGAUUUUGAGUGAGGAUAAUGUUUUAUACACUGAUCUUUACAGGAAACCUACUGAUCGUAACAGUUUGUUGAGGGCUGAUAGCUGUCACCCACUUCCCUUGAAAAACAGUUUGCCUUACAGCCAAUUCUGUCGAAUCAAAAUAAUUUGUAAAAAAACAAAUCAGAUUUCGACUGUAAUAAGGCUGAGACGCAAAGAAAAUUCAAGGAAAGGGGGUACAAAAAUGGUCAGAUUAAUACUGCCAUUGAGAAAAUUCAAAAACAAAAUCGAGACCUGAUCUCUUUCAAGGACAGUCUCGUAAAAAUAAUAAUUAUUGCGUUCUAACACGCUAUUCAAAGUGCUCUGAACAAAUUAAGGGAAUCGUUCAAACAUUGGCACAUUCUAAGAUCCGAUGACAGUUUUGGUAAUGUGUUUUCAGACCCUCCCUUGGUUGUAUUCUCGCGGGGCAGAAAUCUCAGAGAUCAAUUGGUAAACUCUGAUUUACCACCCCUAAAUAUCCCUGCACAACGUCUAUUUGCGCCUCUGCCGGAUGGAAACUACAAGUGUAACGGCUGUGCUCAAUGCAAUGGCACUUACAAAUGUAGAUCCUUCAAACACCCCCAAACAGGGAAACAGAUCCCAAUCAAAGGUGUUAUUACGUGCUCCACUAAGGCAGUUAUUUAUCUUAUAACUUGUGGUAAAAUUUAUGUGGGUAAAACAAAGCGCGAAUUAAAAAGUACGAAUCUCGGAGCAUCGUAGCACCAUUAGGUGCCAAAACUCGACAUACCCAGUUGCUGCCCACUUUUUGGAAUCGAACCACUCGAUUUCUUCCCUACGUUAUAUCGGCAUCGAACAUGCUACCUUCGGUCUCAACGUAGACUUUGAUUUGAAGCCAUUCUUGUGAUUUUGCUAUUCAUUGUAAAUGUUGUGGGCCUAUGUAGCUAAGUAUCUAUGAUCAUAUGCUAUCCAUGUUUUUUGUAUGUUGUUUUUAUCUGUGAAUUGGCCAAUGCUAUUAGGCCACACCCGGCCAUGAUUACAGACACCUGCGUGUGUCCUUUCGCACUAUAUAAACCAGUGACCCGCAGUGUUUGUCAUUAUACCCUGAUGAAGACAGCUUGUCUGUCGAAACGUUGGUUAUUAAGAUAUUAAAUUAUUGCAUCUGAGCUGCUAGAGUGUGCGGCUUUCCUUUUCGUUUUGAAGUGUUUUACGCCGUCAGCCAGCACCUCGCCUAAAUAGGUGUGCGUUUCUUUCGCUUUUAUCUGCCAGCAGGGGAGGACCUAAUGCCCCAGCUUGUGCUGUAUGGGGUGGGCCGAAGGCCUAUAGCACCAAAACUCUGGCCCACCCUAACGUGUCUGAAGGACGCAUUGUGGUCCUCCCGCAACCUGCUGGUAGGAAAACGGUUAGAGACCACCCCCCAGGCAGUGGCUUUGGUAGCCAUGGAAGCCCUGGGAUGGUACGAACGAAAGGGGGCCUCGACCCCAGGCGAAGGGUCCCCCACAACACCUAAGGUCCUGGCGGCCACGGCCUGACAGCGCUGCGGCGCCUAGGGCGAUGCGUCUAGGGGAGGGGUCUCCUCUAGGCCCCGACGGAUGGGUACAGAGUUGAUUCGGAAGAGCAGGAGGCGGCUUUUUUGAUAAGGACUCACCCCAUUCCCGUACAGAAGACAGCUUUUUAACAAAGUGACUCUUGACAAGUUUUCCAUGUCUUAAAAAUGUUUUACCUUUGUUAAAUCAUUUGUGUACAUUUUAAAUGCCUUUUUACAGAUUGGCCUUUUACAAGAAAUGGUACUUUUAUGCAUGGUUGCUUUAUUGUUUUAAAGAAACAACUUGUACUUUUUAACAAAUGUAAAUGUAAUAUAUAAAUGCUGGUUUUAAUGCUUUUUAUGCCGAUUUUGUGUUUUAAAAAAGGAAAUGCAUCAAUAUCUUUCCAAAAUAAAAAAAUCUGUUCUUAUCAGUUUAAUAUCUGAUACGUCCCCCAUCGGGGAACUACAUAUUAAAUGGAUUUUUCGAACAGGGAGUCGGAAAUGGGGCUUGCUCCGUCCGCUCCAAGCAUCGACCCGGUAUUGCAGUACCUCCGGGAACGGUGCAACGCUGUUCUCCCAUUGUCAAGGAAAAAACUACAUGGAGGUAGAUAAACAGCCAGCAGAAGAAAAGAGAAAGAAAACUAUUCCAAACUGAAAGAAGGGCGAAGCACUUUGUGCGGUCCAGCGUUUUCCCUCAAUUUUUCUUUUAAAAAAUAAACAUAUAUUGGCAUUCACCAGGAUAGUGUGUUUGUGUCUGUGUGUGUUUUUGACCAAAAACAGAACAAAUACUUCACCAGGACAAUCAGUCAGUCUGUGACUUUUACCCCACAGCCCCCGAAAACUUGGCAAGUGGGUUCGGGGACAACCUGCGAGAACCAGGCCUAGAGUAAACAGAGUGUGAACAAGUUCUAUGAGUGGAGCGGAGUCCCAUAGGGAACAGCCUGAGACAAAAUUAUGCACACACCUGCAGCCAUUAGGAGUACAGGUGUCCCUAUAAGAGGGGACACUUCCCCUCAAUCAGCCUCCCUUUAUCUUCAGCGACUGGACUGAAGAAGCUGAUGAGAAGAGAAGAUUCGGAACGAAAAAGUCGCCGUCGAUUUCCAAGUCUCGACGUCGUCCUAAAAUGAGUACACCCGGAGAUUUUCCACCCCCAAAAGCUAUUUUCAGAGCUCAAUGUCGCUGCUCCUCCAUGGCUGCUGUGGACUCACACAACUUAUGUUUUGUGUGCUUAGGAUCACAGUGCGCUUGGAGCGGCCUCAUAGAUCCCCCACUAUGCUCCAGCUGAUCCCUCCUUUCUUUGAAGGAGACGAAGCAGCGAUGGGCAUUUUUUCGGGAGGAUAUCCCUCUAGAGGACGUGUUAUCGGUGCUAGCCUCAGCUUCUGAGGCAUCAUCUGAGGGCGCUGACUCAGGAGAUGACAGGGAUAUUCCAUUGGAACAAUCCAUAACGCUGACCCAGACGUUUAAGACCCCUUUCCCUCAGGAAAUUCCCCUGGGUGAUGACGACACAGGCUCUGAAUUUUCAGCAGCCCCGUCCUACGCCACUGCCUCUCUGCGCUCUGAUUAUCCAGGGCUCAUUGAGAGGGCUGCUAAGCGGCUGGAGAUUAAGCUGCCCCCCAUUCCCUCCAACCCGGAAGUGGACAUGAUGGAGGGCGGCCCUUACUCUCGGCCUAGGAGGGCGGCAGAGCCCUUGGCCCCUGCCAUGCCCUCGCUUAGUAAAUAUGUGGAGGGCUCAUGGGAGGCACCUCUGGCUGUCUGAUGGCCAUGAAGGAUUCUGACAGAUCCACGCUACUGACCAUGGCCUGUUUGGGGGUCGCCGUCAAAGAUGCGACGGAGCGAUUCAUAAAACUAGACGAGAACAAAAGCACCUGUCUAGACACCUACCGUUAGCAGGGCGCUCUAGUUUACUGGAUCUACUGCUUGGCGUCGUGCCCGGCAGAAAAGGGAGCGGGCCCCGCCCCGCCCCUCCUGUAGCGCCAGAGGUUCCGACCAUUCUGCCGGCGAGAGAGGUCAUUAACGCGUCAUCCUGGCAUCACCCGAAGGGCGGCCAGAAGAGACGCCGUUUAUGACAUGGCGAGGGGGAGAGAACGGUAGACGGCGCAGCGCCUUGUUGACUGUGCCCACUGUUCCCCCCCACCCUACUGUUGAGGGUAUGGAGGAAACUGUGUGUUGUGUGUCUAAUAAAGAGUUGGCUCUAAUUGACUUUGUCACAAGAGAGCCCCUUUUCCAUGAUACACCCGAGACCGUUCAGGUGCCUUUACGCUCUCCCUAUCUCCUCCUCACCACUCUGAGUGUAGCACAGCCCACUACGGGUGCGUAGCUGAGCAUACACAUGAGGCAGGUGUGAAUAAGGGAACAAGGCAGACAUCUUUGAUGAGAUGCCUUGUUAUACCUCAUAAAAACCUUACACCACAGACUGCUAGGAGUGUUGUGGUACAGGUUUCAAAUAGUAGCCUGCGUACACAGCCAGUUAUUGGAAUGAUGAUGCAAUCGCUAUUGGGAGACGGCGCUCUGACUCAGGCGAGCACCUCAGUCAGUGCAGUUCAGACCUGUGCUGCGUUCACGGAGGGCUGGGACAACGGGGUUACGAGUAUAACCAACGUGUCGGCGCCCCCGUUUCUCUCAGAACGCGCUCAUGUUUCCUCUCCCUUUCAUGGGAGGCCCGCCUUGAGCUGUUCCACCACUUCACUGGUCGGGGAACAGUAGCGGCGAGGGCCGUAGAGGAAUAUAGGUCCUUCCUACUGAAUGCACCACAGCUUCGCGCUCUGCCGCACUCUCAGCAUUAUUGGGAGUGGCAGUGAAGCUGUACCCUCUCCCCCUGGCAAGACAGGACUCUGGAGAAUGGUUAUGCCAUCCAAUUUCAUCGGACCCCUCCCCCAUUCAGGGGGGUGGUGGAGAUGGUGAUGAAAACUCCGGAAAAAGUCGCCACUCUUGUUACAGAGAUUACGGAACUUUUGGCGAAGGAGGCAGUCACAGUAAUUCCCCAGGAGCAAAGGAAUUCCUAUUUGAUAAGCAGCGCUCACCCGCCACCAUGUAGCUGCUUGCGGCGGCGAUUUAGGCUUGUCAUGACGGUUUGGCAGAGACACUGUCUUCAGCCACCCUCUUGUGAAACAUUUCCUAUUGGGAACGCGGCGGUUUAGGCCAAUGCCUAGAGCCAUGCUUCCUCAGUGGGAUUUUACUUUGGUACGCGAAGCGCUCUGCGAGCCACCGUUCGAGCCAUUGAAUCAAAUCCCCCUGAAGAUGUUAUCUUUGAAGACGACACUGUUGCUCGCUUUGACCACAGCUAAACGUGUCAGUGAUUUGUGCGCUUUUGACUGCCUUGCCAUUUAUGGCGAUUGAGCAGGGCGGUGUUAAGUCUUAAUCCGGCAUUUAUGCCUGAGGUUAUUAAGAGCUUACAGAUCAUAGAGCUGUGGCCCUUCUCUCCCUCUCCCCAUGUUGAGAGGAGAGGUGAAUGGCUCCAUUGCCUGUGCCCAGUGUGCGCCUUGGCGCGCUACGUGGAACGCAAGGCGGUGAUUAGGUCAUCGCCUCAGCUGUUUUGUGUGUCACGGUGCGGCUGCACUCGGUAGACCACUUUCUGAACAGCGUCUGUCUCACUGGCUUUUUCAGAGGAACAGGUGUAGAGGAUAAUUGCGCAGCGGUGUCUUGAUCGUCACAGUCUCCUUUUAUCCAUUUCUACCUGUUAGAUAUGUCUUCUAACUCUCUGGUUCAGUCUGUACUUGUCAGGGUCUGAUGUGGAUGCGGUGGUGGAGUAAAGCGCAGGACACAGAGGAAUAGUCAAGACGACUUUACUAAUACCUCUCAAGGUACACACAAAUUAACAGCCUCCAAAAACACAAGAGGCGUAACAAAAUACGCGAGUGCGUAAAACCCACAAAAGCCAAGGUCACAGAACCUAUACAUACACGACAGGCGACAAUAACACACAACAUGCAAACCUAACACAGGGGAACUUAUAGGAGACAUAAUCAAGACAGAAUACGAGACAGGUGCACCAACUAGACAUAACCAAACAAACAUCGAAAACAUCAAGCGGUAGUAGCUAGUACUCCGGGGACGACGAACGCCGAAGCCUCCCCGAGCAAGGAGGAGGAGCAGCCUCGGCGGUCUCCGUGACAGUACUCAGUGUAGCUGAUGGAAGAACUUGAACUAAGAGAAAAAGAUGCAGGACCAGUGGGCAGGGUUCCCAUUGAGAGGUGUGUUUCAGUACCUUUCCUGAGUGUUUGUGUGUAUUGAUACUCUAGGGGGUGCUGCACAGUGGUGCCCUGCAGCAUUUGUUUGUUUGUUGUUUAAACUCGUCUGUUUUUGUUGCUUUGUUUAUAGUAGUUUAAUAGUGUUUUAUGUUGCAUCGGAUUACCGAUUAGGCUAUGGUAGAGCGACAUGAAGUGUGUACAGUGGAUUAUUCUUCUACUUGGAUUACUUUUGCUGGUACCUGAAACAGCAUGAGAACUUUUGAGAAAGUCGGCAGUGCCACAUAUCCGCUGUAGAAGAAUGUCAGUGUCACUGCGAACGUUCUACCUACCCUGUGAAUUGCCCCAGCCGUUUCUGACAGUUGUUUACAUCCAUCCAAGAGCUAGCAGUGUCAAUGCAGCUGACAUUUUCAACGUCACUCAAGAGCUUGAUGCGAUUUCCCCUGAUGCACCCAAAUUCAUCAUGGGGGAUUUCAAUAGCUGCGCUCUCAAGCACACUUUGAGUACUUACAUCCUUGGCCAGACCUCCCCUGGGUGGAUCAGAUCAUAACUGUUCUUCUACGACCAACUUAUAGACAGUUACUCAAAAUGGAGGUGGUGGUGGAAAAACAAAUACUGGUGUGGGACAAUGACAGUAUUGAUCAAUUGCAGGGAUGCUUUGAUUGUACUACCUGGAGUGUAUUUGAAGAAUCAUCAGCUGACCUGAACAAGAUUAAUGACGUAAUAUCUGGCUAUAUUGAAUUCUGUGUUGAUUUGUUGAUCCCCAAAAAAACAUGUAAGAUAUUUCCUAACAAACCAUGGGUGACCAAAGAUUUGAAAACAUUUGUAUUUGUAUUUAUUAUGGAUCUCCAUUAUCUGCUGCCAAGGCAGCAGCUAGUCUUCCUGGGGUCCAGAAAAAUUAAAACAUUACAAUAUAUUCAUAAGAUUUCACCACAUAUUAAGGCCUCUACUCUACUACCACAUAUCUAUAACACAAAAUCCAUGUGUACAUGUGUGUAUAGUGCGUAUGUUAUCAUGUGUUUGUAUGCAUCUGUCUAUGUUUUUGUUGCUUCACAGUCCCCGCUGUUCCAUAAGGUGUAUUUUUAUUUGUUUUUUACAAUCUAAUUUUACUGCUGGCAUGAGUUACUUGGUGUGGAAUAGAGUUCCAUGUAGUCAUGGCUCUAUGUAGUACUGUGUGCCUCCCAUAGUCUGUUCUGGACUUCGGGACUGUGAAGAGACCUCUGGUGGCAUGUCUUGUGGGGUAUGCAUGGGUGUCCGAGCUGUAUGCCAGUAGUUCAAGCAGACAGCUCGGCGCAUUCAACAUGUCAAUACCUCUCACAAAGACAAGUAGUGAUGAAGUCAAUCUCUCCUCCACUUUGAGCCAGGAGAGAGAUUGAUACGUAAGUUCUCCGUGUACAUCAAAGGGCCAGCCGUGCUGCCCUGUUCGAAGCAAAUUGCAAUUUUCCUAAGUUCUUCUUUGUGGCACCUGACCACACGACUGAACAGUAGUCCAGGUGCGACAAAACUAGGGCCUGUAGGACCUGCCUUGUUGCUACUGCUGUUAAGAAUGCAGAGCAGCGCUUUAUUAUAGACAGACUUCUCCCCAUCCUAGCUACUAUUGUCUCAAUAUGUUUUGACCAUGACAGUUUACAAUCCAGGGUUAAUCCAAGCAAUUUUGUCUCCUCAACUUGCUCAAUUUCCAAAUUAUUCAUUACAAGAUUUAGUUGAGGUUUAGGGUUUAGUGAAUGAUUUGUCACAAAUACAUUGCUUUUAGUUUUCAGAAAUAUUUAGGACUAACUUAUUCCUUGCCACCCAUUCGGAAACUAACUGCAGCUCUUUAAGUGUUGCUGUCAUUUCAGUUGCUGUAGUAGCUGACGUGUAGUGUUGUGUCAUCCGCACACAUACACACUGGCUUUACUCAAAGCCAGUGGCUAGUCGUUGUUAAAGAUUGGUAAAAGUAAAGGGCCUAGGGAAUUCCUGAUUGUACCUGGAUUUUGUUAGAGGCUUCCAUUAAAGACCACCCGCUGUGUUCUGUUAGACAAGUAACUUUAUCCACAACAUAGCAUGGGGUGUAAAGCCAUAACAAAUCAGUUUUUCCAGCAACAGACUAUGAUCAAUAAUGUCAAAAGCUGCACUGAAGUCUAACAAAACAGUCCCCCCCCAAUCUUUUUAUCAUUCAUUUCUCUCAGCCAAGCAGUCAUUUGUGUAAGUGCUGUUCUUGUUGAAUGGCCUUCCCUAUAAGCCUGCUGAAAGUAAAAUAGCAUUUUAUCUGGUUAAUCACCAUUUUCUCCAAAAGUUUACUAAGGAUUGGUAACAGGCUGAUUGGUCGGCUGUUUGAGCCAGUUAAGGGGGCUUUACUAUUCUUAGGUAGGUGAAUAACUUUUGCUUCUCUCCAGGCCUGAGGUCACACACUUUCUAGUUUGCUUACAUUGAUGCUUAACAAUAAGAAACAAGUGUUUGCCUCCUGGAAUCCACUAGAAAGAAAAAAAGAGGUACAGAGGUGAUCAAAAAUAUUUAAUAAAGGCAAGAUGCCAGUACAUGGAAAAUGUGCAACAGAUAAUGUCACAGGGAGACACUCGGUCUGACUGGAUGGGCAUUAAGAAUAUGGCAAACGCCCCCUUUAAAGGGAGGCAACAUAUCGAUCCCUGCCCGGACGAGAGGGUGUGCCUCUACAACCAAUGAACUAAACGAGUUCUUCAGCUGCUUUGCCUAUCUGGAGGAGGAUGUCAUGGCAACCGAGAGCGCGCUUCUCAUCAAUGAGGUAGUCGUACAACGAGUGCCUGAAAGCAUAAGUGGUCUUGUCUUGAAACACUGUUCCGCUCAGCUGAGCGGUGUCUUCUGCGCUUUCUUCCAGCGGUCCCUGAAUACAUUGUAAAUUCCAUCUCUAUGGAAAAAAAUCUGUUAUACCUGUCCCAAAAACCUCUCAUCUAUCUGCAUCAAAUGACUACAGACCUGUUGCUCUUACCUCUGUCUUGAUUAAAUAUCAUCAAGGCAGACAUAAUCAACACCAAACACCUUCUUGACCACCUCCAAUUUGCAUACUGGUCAGAGAGAGGAACAGAUGCCAUCCUCUCGUUCUUACACUACCGGUCAAUAGUUUUAGAACACCUACUCAUUCAAGAGUUUCUUUAUUUUUACUAUUUUCUACAUUGUAGAAUAAUAGUGAAGAUGUCAAAACUAUGAAAUAACACAUUUGGAAUCCUGAAGUAACCAAAAAAGUGUUAAACAAAUCAAAAUAUAUUUUAUAAAUUCAAUAUAGCCACCCUUUGCCUUGAUGACAGCUUUGCACACUUGGCAUUCUCUCAACCAGCUUCAUGAGAUCGUCACCUGGAAUGCAUUUCUAUUAACAGGUGUGCCUUCUUAAAAGUUAAUUUGUGGAAUUUCUUUCCUUCUUAAUGCAUUUGAGACAAUCAGUUGUGUCGUGACAAGGUAGUGGGGGUAUACGGAAGAUGGUCUUUUACCAAAUAGGGCUAAGUCCAUAUUAUGGCAAGAACAGCUCAAAUAAGCAAAGAGAAAUGACAGUCCAUCAUUACUUUAAGACAUGAAGGUCAGUCAAUCCGGAAAAUGUCAAGAACUUUGAACGUUUCUUCAGAGGAUAAGUUCAUUAGUUACAAUCCUCAGAAAUCGGCAAUUAACUGCACCUCAGAUUGCAGCCCAAAUAAAUGCUUCACAGAGUUCAAGUAAGACAUCUCAACAUCAACUGUUCAGGAGACUGCAUGAAAUCAGGCCUUCAUGGUCAAAUUGCUGCAAAGAAACCACUACUGAAGGAUACCAAUAAUAAGAAGAGACUUGCUUGGGCCAAGAAACACGAGCAUUGGACAAGUGGAUCUGUUCACAGUCAAGAACGUUCCUUUUCUGAUUAUAGUGGACUACUAUUCAGAUUUUUGGGAGGUGGAGAAAGUGAUUGACACAACAGCCACUUGCAUCAUCGACUGUUGUAAGCAGCAGUUUAGCAGAUAUGGUAUACCUGACAGUGGUGUAGUUAUGGAUAAUGGGCCCCAGUUCACUAGUCAAGACUUUGCUUUUUUGCAAAAGCCUGGGAGUUCCAUCAUGUGACCUCCUCACCCUACCACAGUCAGAGUAAUGGUAAGGCGGAGUCAGCAGUAAAAAUAGCAAAGACUCAUCACAAAGGCUAUGCAGGAAGGCACAGAUGUGUGGCAAGCCAUUUUGGCGUGGAAAAAUACUCCCACAGAGGGCUUCGGCAGCAGUCCUGUACAGCGCUUAAUGUCUAGACGUACUCGCUCUCUGUUGCCAACAACUCCCAAACUCCUCGCACCAAAGGUCAUCAGGGAUGUUCAGGCACACAAUCGUACACGUCAGGACAAGUCAAAACAUUACUAUGACCAGCAUGCAAAAAAUCUCCCUGUAAUAAAACAAGGCCAAGCUGUCAGAGUGCUCCUGUCACCUCAAGCCAGGGAUGCCACAUGGAGUCUUGGCACAUGCAUAGGGCACAUCAGCGCAAUGUCAUAUGAAGUGGAAGUAAAGGGCCGAAAGUGUCGAAGGAACAUACGCCAGUUCAGGAGAGCAUAGGGCACAGGAGGGCCACAUGGGAAGACUGAAUAUCCUCUGGAUGGUGUUGGCAGGACACAUAAUGAGGAGACCCCACCAGGGCAGUUCUGCCGACCAUGCCUCCACAAUUUCAGGAGGAUGUGGAAGAGGAAGGAGAGGCCCUGAGGCUCCCAGAGGUGCCCGACAUCCCAGAGUUGCCAGGAGAGGCCCUGAGGAUCCCAGAGGUGGCCAAUAUGCUACCAGUGCGACAAACUAGGACAAGGGCUUAUACAAAAAAAAAAGUUGAUAAUGUAAAUAGGUAUUUUCACUGCAUUAUUAAAAAUGGUAUGAAGUGCUCAAGCUAAUUCUAUAUGAAAAGGAACAUGUUGAGAUAAUGGGCAUAAUGCCAACCCAGAGAUGGUGCUAGUGGGGCACUGUUAUGAUGAGUUUCUAGGGUAUCAAGUAAUUAAUGAUACAAGAAGAUGUAACACUUAGUAGUUGAUGCAGACUGGUGGGGGAUUGGGAUUCGCUUCAUCAACGUUUAUGCACCUGCUGAACCUCGAGGUAGGAAAUAUCUUUUUUUGGCCUUGUUCAAUGUCUCCAUUUAAGGUACUGGGGAUUUUAGCCUACCUUAUUAUGUUUCUGUGGAUAAGAAUUUUUCUUUCAGAAUUGUCGACCCACGGGGGAGGGUAUGAUGUGGGCAAAGUCAAGGGGUUCCUGUUGUCGAAUUUAUUUUGUUUUUACCUGCAUCUGUGCCGGUCUCUCGAGUCACCGUUUCUCCUGUCUGUUUUUUUGACCAUCGCCAAGUGCAGGUAAUGUUCUCGGUUGAUGUAACUAUGUUUGGGGGAGGUUUUUGGGAGUUAAACUAAGAUUUUGGGGGAUCUUUCUUUUAGGGAGGCCUUUAAAUCCCAUUAUGAGUUAUCGGGGGACCUCAAGCCCCAUUUUGGAUCUUUAGUCGAAUGGUGGGAGUGUGUAGCGUGCAAUGUGCGCACCUUGGCCAUUUCGGGAACUUUUUCAGCGCCUUCAGGGGGAUCUGACUGCCUUGGUGUCAGCUGAGAAAAGGGUGAGAGGAGGGAUGUGGAGAAGAUGGAGGUUUUAAAAAGUUAGUUAUUUUCAGGAGAAGGCCAGGGAUUUUCUCUUCAGGUGUCAAAGGGACAAGUUUGAGUUUAGGUAGGCUAGCAGUUCAUAUUGUUAAAGCUGCCUGUGCCAAAGCAGUUAUUGCUCAGCUGUGAACAGAAUGGAAUGGUACCUGACCGAAAGGGGAUGGUGGAGGCAGCAUCCGCUUUCUACCAAGAAUCCUUUAGGGAGAAGGACACAGACGGUUAGGAAGAGUGUCUUUUUGGGGUUUUUGGGGAGAAAGAUUCCCCCGAAGGCAGUCUGACCUCGACCGCCCUUUCGAGCUUGCGGAGGUUGAGGCUGCCUUGCGGGGCUUACCUACCAACAAGGUGCCAGUAUUCAAUGGGCUUCCUCUGGUGUUUUAUGUUACCUUUUGGGAGAUUGGGGGAUAGAUUCUUUCUGUAGUUAAUGCAGAGUUUGAUUCAGGGAUUUUGGGGUCUUCAAUGAGGGAGGGGGUCUUGACGCUGCUUUUUAAAGUAAGGGGAAAGGUAUAACCUGGGGAAUUACAGGCCCAUUACACUAUGGUGUGCAGACUACAAGGUGGUAGCCCGUGUUUUAGCUGGCCGCCUCAGGAAGUUUCUGCCCCAUGUCAUACAUAAGGACCAGACCUGUGUGGUGGAGGGGAGGUCUAUCCACUGGAACCUGAGUCUGGUGAGGGACUGUAUUACUUGGGCCCAAGUAAUACGGGGGUGCACCUCAUGUUGGUGGGCCUAGACAUGGGAGAAGCUUUUGAUAAGGUGCAUCAUGGGUUUCUUUUGUGUGUUUUGGAAAGGAUGGGAUUUGGGGAAGGGUUUUUGAGGUGGGUGGGGAUUUUAUAUACUGGAGUGGGAAGUAGGGUUUUAGUUAAAUUAGCAUUUCAGUGAGGUGGUUCCUCAGCAGACUGGAGUACGUCAAGGUUGCCGAUUUCCCCACUGCUUUUUGUUUUGUACAUGGAGCCUCUGGCAGCAGCUUUCCGGGCAGACAAGUAUUUUGGGCCUCCGUCUCCCUGGCGGUGGCUCGUCGGUGGUCAAGAUCUCCCAGUACGCGGAUGACAUGACGCUGUUUCUGACGUCCGAGGGGAGUAUCGCCAGGGUGGUGGUGGUCCUAGGGGAGUUUGCACAGGCAUAA